UGUGAGUAAUUUUAAUGUGGUGAUGAAAGUAAUUGAAGAUCGAGUACAUAGUGAAAGAGAAAUUUGGCAAGAUUUCGGUCAGCGAUGUUAUCAGGUGUUUGAAAUUUUCGACAUUUUAUAGAUCUCCGCAUUAUUUAAUAAUUCGGGUUGACGAGAUGGCGGAAACUGAGGCUGUUCUCCACACAAAUGGUAUCGACACGAUAGCAGAAGAAGAUGAAUACAACAAAACACGCCCUGCUGACAUCGAGGCGGAUAUGAGAGAGAUGGAGCGUCGCAAACGAGUGGAGGCCAUAAUGAACUCUCGAUUAUUUCGCGAGGAGCUUGAACGUAUUGUAGAUGGUCAAAUGCGAGAAGGAGGAUCGUCCAAUAUAUUGCAACAAUUAUCAGAUAUCAUGGGAAUGCCAGCUGCUCGUAUUGGUAGCGUUUUCAAAAGUUCAAACUGUGUUGUACCGAUAAACGAUAUUCGUGGAGUUGAAGCGAUGGGAUAUGAGAAAGGUGAAAAAAUUCUGCGCUGCAAACUGGCUGCUGCUUUCAGACUAAUGGACUUGUACGGUUGGGCCCAGGGUAUUGGCAGUCACAUAACGGCUCGUUUAAAUGCUGAUCAGGAAUUAUUUCUGGUCAAUCCAUUUGGUGUUCUCAAUCAUGAAAUUACUGCUUCUUCGUUGAACAAAGUGAACAUGCAAGGACAAGUAGUGGAGCAAGGAACAACUAAUUUUGGCGUCAACACUAGUCAAUUCACGUUGCAUUCCGUAAUACACGCCGCAAGACCUGAUAUAAGAUGUGCAAUAUACGUCGGAUGUAAUUCAGUCGUGGCCAUUUCUGCUUUGAAGACAGGCUUAAUUCCACUCACUAAGGACAGUGCUCUGCUUGGUGAAAUAUCUGCUCACACAUACACUGGAGCUCUUUAUGAACCGGAAGAAAAGGAUAAAUUGUUGAGAAGUCUUGGGCCAGUAUCUAAAGUUUUAUUACUCUCAAAUCACGGUGCAAUUUGUUGUGGAGAAACUGUUGAGGAAGCAUUUUAUACAGUCACUCACAUUGUGGCCGCAUGUGAAGCACAAUUGAAACUACUGCCAGUUGGACUUGAUAAUCUUAUUGUAAUUCCUGAAGAGACUCGUAAAGCCAUAUACGACGCUUCGCGGAAGCCACCAGAAGGUGUUUCAACAAUUUCGGCGGAUAAUAAGGAGCGCUCGCAGGUACCCAAAUGGAGGGUAGGUGGGGCCGAUUUUGAAGCCCUAAUGCGAAUGCUGGACAACGCCGGUUUUAGAACAGGCUAUAUUUAUAGAAAUCCUUUAGUCAAACAUGAUCAUCCGAAACCGAAAAAUGACAUUGAAGUGCCCCCUGCAGUUUCUUCGUUGGGAUAUCUGAUAGAAGAAGAGGAGCUCUUCAAGCAAGGAAUAUGGAAGAAAGGCGACUUCCGCAAAGGAGGUGAUCGUUCCAGGUGGUUGAAUUCGCCGAACGUGUACCAGAGAGUCGAAGUUUUGGAAACGGGUACACCGGAUCCCAAAAAAAUUACAAAGUGGAUUGAUGCAAACAUUGAGGAGUGGGUAGCGGAAGCAUCACCAACGCAUUCAUCAACACCAGUCAAGAUUGAAGGCGCUUUACAGUUCGUUCCCCCCAAUACAAAUCCGAAAGAAUUCAAACGAAUUCAGCAGCAGAUUAAAGACUAUCGACGAGCUGAUAAGAUAUCUGCUGGACCACAGUCCCAUAUUCUGGAGGGUGUGUCUUGGGAUGAAGCGAACCGGCUGAAGGAUGCCAAUGUCUCCGCCACUGGAGAUCAUGUUGUUCUCAUGGGAGCAGCAUCGAAGGGUAUAAUCCAACGUGGAUAUCAACACAAUGCUACCGUUUACAAGGCGCCUUAUGCAAAAAAUCCAUUCGAUUCGGUUACUGACGAUGAGUUGAACGAGUACAAGAAAACUGUGGAGAAAAAGCGACAAGGUGACUACACUGACACAGACUUUUCCGAGUCUGAAGCCUUGAGCUCUUUGCAAAUUUCGGAGACAAAGGUUAAAAAUAAAUCAGUUUGUCCACCAAAUCCGUCUGACCCAGAAGACACAGCUACUGAACAUCAGGUGCUAAGAAUAGAAACCAAGCAAGUUCCAAAGCCUAGUCAACCAGAAGUUGUACUUAGCGAUGGUGAACAUGUGCAAAAUGGCGAUCAUUCAGAUACUCACAUGAGUACUUUUUCACACAGCAGCAAAGAGGACGUAUCUACAGAAGGUUCUCCUAAGAAGGAUAAAAAAAAGAAAAAGGGUUUACGGACACCAUCGUUUUUGAAAAAAAAGAAGGACAAGAAGCGAAUCGAGGCCUAAAUGAGCACUCAGUGACGAUUUUUAUUAGAGGUUAAUUAAAAUAUAUCUUUUUCUUGAAACAUACAAACACACACGAAAAAUAUGUUAGAAAGAACCCCUACACGCAUGUAAAGAAUUAAUUUCAUUACUAUUAUGUCAAAUUGAGAUAAAGCGAUAUUCCUAUUACAGCGAUAAUCACUUACAUAGGCGCGGGCACAACAAAACAUUUCCUGCAGCAGUUGUUUAUUUUAAUAGUACACGAAUCGAAGUUCAGUUGAAAAUUUACCAUAGAUAUAGAGUUUUGAGUUUUGGUUUCAAUUAAUGAACGUGGUGUUGUUCAUAACAUUAAGCUGAAUUUUAUUGAAAAUGACUACAAAUUGAAAAGUCGACCAGAGUGUUUCGCGGCGAAGUAAAAUGAUAAAAUUAGUAUGAUCUGCAAGAGCAAAAGGAAAAGUACACAAUGCCGGUAUUGUAACUGAUUAAGGUUGAAAUAAUUCAUGCAGCUGGUUGUCAACCGAAUGUUUUAUAUAAUUGUCAUUUUCGCUAAGCUUACGCGAGUCAUUUGAGAAAAUAAACCAUCGCUUGUUACCA